ACAGGUGGGUGUCAUCCUCGUAAUGUUCUCUUACCACAUCUUGCCAACAAUAAGUCAAAGAGAAGAGAAAGAAUCAAAGGAAGAUAAGCUAAUGGAUUUCACAGCAUCUUUGCUUGCAUUAACCUUGGGGUUGGUAUACAUUUACGUCCUCAUACACUAUUCAAACCGCCGGGGACGGCCAAGCACAGCCAGACUGCCUCCUGGCCCCUACCCUUUUCCGAUCAUCGGCAACAUCUUCCAACUCGGCCACAAACCCCACCACUCACUAACCAUCCUCUCCAAAACUUAUGGCCCUUUGAUGUCUCUCCAGCUGGGAAGCAUAACCACCGUGGUCGUAUCAUCACCAAAAAUGGCCAAAGAAGUGCUACAAAAACAUGAUCAGACCACCCCGGGCCGAACUAUCCCAGAUGCUGCCAGAGCUCUUGACCAUCACAAGGUUUCCAAGCUGUGGUUGCCGGUGGAAAAAAAGUGGCGGAAUCUCCGAAAGAUCUGCAAAGAGCACUUGUUUACAGUGCAACGGCUCAACGCCAGCCAACACCUUCGAACACUUGUUCACAACAUCCCUUAACUUGAUAUUGAACACUGUUUUCUCAGUUGAUUUGGCUCACCAUGGUUCUGAUUCAGCCCACGAAUACAAGAAUAUUAUAUGCGCUUUGAUGGAGUAAGCUGGAACGCCUAA